AUGGACACUACUACAGGUAGGUAUCAGUAUAGAAAUAGACCUGCGAGAGAGAAUCAUCCCUCUUUCUCAUCUUCCUUGCUCGAUGAGAUCUACCGUUCCAUCGAUGAGCGAGAUGACCGAGAGUUGAUGGUUUAUAGAGAAGCCACGAGGGAAAAACACAGCAGUUUCUCCAUUAAAGACUGCUUUCAUGAUAAUGGUGAAGUUCAACAACAGAGUCGGAUUCAGAAAUGGAUGGACAAAGAAGUGCGCGAAACAGUUGUCGUUAGAAGAAGAUCGGGUGCCGAUUACAGAAGAAAUUCUCAGCAAACCGAACGCGACUCCCGUUACUUCAAUUCGAGCUCCAGCUCUUCCGAUUCAAGCUGUGCCGGAGGUUUUUCUUCGUCGGAAGCUGAAUCAGUUUACGGCGUAUCAUCAAGGCCUAAACCUAUCCGUAUAACCACGAAUCGAAAUGAUGAAUACAGCACGAGAGAGAAACAGAGGAACAGCCAAAAGUACCAACUCGAAGAUUACCAAUCAAAACCAAAACACGAAGGCAAGUUCGUGAGGACAAAAUCGAGAGCAAUGAAGAUCUAUGGCGACCUAAAGAAGGUGAAGCAACCGAUUUCUCCAGGGGGUCGGUUGGCAGCUUUUCUAAACUCACUUUUCACUACAGGCAACGCGAAGAACACUAAGCUUUCAUCCUCCUCCACCGGAGGUUACGACGACGCCAUCGAUCACAUCGACAGAAAAUCAAAAUCCGCCAAUGCAUCAACAUGUUCAUCCGCAUCGUCAUUUUCUCGAUCGUGUUUGAGCAAAACUCCAUCAUCCAGAGGAAAAUUGAGCAAUAACAAAAUGAGAUCUGUGAGAUUCUACCCAGUGAGUGUGAUCGUCGACGAAGACUGUCAACCCUGCGGACACAAAUCGCUGUACGGAGAAGAAUCAAAUCUACCGACAAUCAACUUUGUCAAAAAUCCUAUUACCGAAGAGUUUAAAUUACAUUCAACUGAGAAAACCCGUCGCAUUGAAGAAGCUGCAAGGGAGUUGUUGAGGAAUUACCAGAAAAAAGUGGAAUGCGAGUUCGAUUUGAUCAAGAGCAAUGUUAAAGGGAACAACGAUAUAAACAUGAACUACGACGACGAUGAAGAUGACGAUGCCGCCAGCCAUACCAGCUCCGAUCUUUUCGAGCUCGAGAACCUUUCUGCAAUCGGAAUGGAAAAAUAUCGAGAUGAAUUGCCGGUAUACGAAACAACUCAUUUGGAUACGAAUAUAGCCAUAGGUAAAGGCUUCUUCAUGUAA